AGUGGCGCGCGGAGAGGGAACCAAGCCGGGCGGAAGAAGUCGAUUCCAAGGAAUUUCCGGUUCCGGUGUCAGUUCGAGGCGCCGCCGCCGCCGCUGCUGCAGCCGCCGGAGCCGAGAUGCCUAAAGGAGGUAGAAAGGGAGGCCACAAAGGCCGAGUGAGGCAGUAUACAAGCCCGGAGGAGAUCGAUGCCCAGCUACAGGCUGAGAAGCAGAAGGCCAACGAAGAAGAUGAACAAGAAGAAGGUGGAGAUGGGGCUUCAGGUGACCCAAAAAAGGAAAAGAAGUCUCUAGACUCAGAUGAGAGUGAAGAUGAAGAUGAUGACUACCAGCAAAAGCGAAAAGGUGUGGAAGGGCUCAUUGACAUUGAGAACCCCAACCGGGUGGCACAGACAACUAAGAAGGUCACGCAGCUGGAUCUGGACGGGCCGAAGGAGCUUUCCAGGAGAGAAAGAGAAGAAAUAGAGAAGCAAAAAGCAAAAGAACGCUACAUGAAGAUGCAUUUGGCUGGGAAGACAGAGCAGGCCAAGGCUGAUCUCGCCCGGCUGGCAAUCAUCCGGAAACAGCGGGAGGAGGCAGCAAGAAAGAAAGAGGAAGAAAGGAAAGCAAAAGAUGACGCAACUUUGUCAGGAAAACGAAUGCAGUCGCUCUCCCUGAAUAAGUAAGCUGGCCUGUGGGAGGAGAUGCCGGGGAACUGGGCCGUGCCACCAGGACCUCUGCCAUGUCUCACCCACCCUGUGCCCUGGCGCCGCUGCAGCAGCCCCUAUGGCCAGGGGCCCCUACGGCCUGGGGCCUCUUCUUCAUCUUGGCACAGAAAUUGUUCAGGGGAUGGGGGGCUGGGGGAGGGGCAGCUGCUAUCUUUGAGACAGAAAGAUGCAGGACAGCAUUUCAUACGUAACCAUUUGAAUGUUUUUGCUGUUUUUAGAAUUUGGAACCUUGGUUGGGUGGGGGGUGCCUGGGAAGUGGGGUGAGGAGAUUCCAUUUGUCCAGUAGAUUGCACGCUAGCGGGGGAGGGGAGUGCCAGCAGGCAGCUGCUGUGGGAAUUGAUGACAACCAGCCCAGAUUGUCUGGGUGCUCACUCAGAGGGGCUCCGGGAGCCUGUGCCGUGAAAGGUCCUAGAUUUGUGCCUGGCCAGUUCCGACCGAUGAGGCCUCUCCUCUCUGUUCUGUCCCCUUCCCACCCACCUGGUCUGGGCUAGUGCCCAUUUUUAACCCUACCCAUUGAUCAUUUCAAGAAACCUCUGGUUACUGUGCGUCACCCAGACAAGACAUGCUCCUCAAAUUCAACUUGUAUAUUUGGCAGAUUAAACAACAACAUCGUAA